AUGGGCUCAUUUAUUGACGACCUUGAGCACACCACGAUAUAUUUACGGCCUAGAAAUGACAGCGAAGAAAGUGAUGGAGAGGGUGGGCUAGGAAAUUUAAAUCGCCUUAUUGUGCGUCCGCCCGGUCACAGCGGGAAGGCGAAGCGCGGACAUCUAUGCUUCGAUGCAGCCUUCGAAUGCGGGAACCUAGGGCGCGCUGAUCAUAUUACCGAGCUCGAGUAUGAUCUAUUCAUCAGACCUGACACAUGUAGACCUCGCUCACGUUUUUGGUUUAAUUUUACGGUUGAAAAUGUCAAACAAGAUCAGCGCGUUAUAUUCAAUAUCGUUAAUUUAGGAAAAGAGAACAACCUAUUUAAUGAAAAUAUGACUCCCUUGGUUCGAUCAACUUCUCGACCAAAAUGGCAAAGAAUACCUCGACGAUUAAUAUUUUACCAUCGGUCGCUGGUGCACCGAGGUCGAAAGAUACUUAGUCUAGCGUUUGGAUUCGAUAAAGAAGAAGAUGUUUACCAGUUCGCAGCGGCAGCUCCUUAUUCAUAUUCGAGAUUGCAGAAACAUUUAGCUUUAUGGGAAAAGCGAGCUCAGAACUUUGCUACGAGAGAGAGCAUUGCACAAACAACACAAAAGCGUCGAAUAGAUUUAAUUACUAUUGGAAAUCUCACACAUAAAGAUGAGGGUAAAGAGGAAUCUACAAUAAAAGGAAAACCUAGUGAAGCAAAGAAACGUGUCAUUGUCGUCUUAGCAAGAGUACACGCCGGAGAACAACCUUCUUCCUAUAUUUGUCAAGGUUUUUUAGAUUACAUUGCAAGUUCUUCAGAAAAAGCAAAAGCGUUACGUAAUGGAAUAGUAAUUCAGGCUGUACCAAUGAUAAAUCCCGAUGGUGUCUUCUUAGGAAACCAGCGAUCAGACUUGCUUGGUUCAGAUCUCAAUCGCUGUUGGAACAGAGCUACCAGUUACGCUCACCCUGCUCUUAUUGCGGUCAACGAUCUAAUAAAAAAGAUUACAGCUGAGAAAGCUUUGCAGUUGGAUUUUAUUAUUGAUAUCCACUCCGACAUAAGCCAUGAAGGUGUUUUUGUACGCGGCAAUUCAUACGACGACGUAUAUAGGUUUGAACGUCAUGCAGUACUACCAAAAUUUCUGGGGAUGAGGGUGGAGGCAUGGAAGGCAGAAUCUUGUUUGUAUAAUGCAGAUCCUUUAGCUGCGGGCAGUGCGCGACGCAGCCUCCCCACUGGCACCGUCGAUGCCUACACGCUGUUAGCGUCUUUGGGGGAUUUUAAAAUAGGAAGGUCCAUGGCAAAGGCUCUAUGUGACUAUUAUCGACACGUAGGAGUGAUUCCGCCUCGUGAGGGUAUAAACAUCAAGAAAAAGGAAUCGCGGAGGAAGCGACGACGAAAACGACCAAUCAAUGAACGAGAAAGAUCUCCCAGCUCAUCGCCCGAAAGAAGAGUACUGGUUGCGCGAACGCUAUCGCCCCCUUUACCAGCUGCAUCUCCGCCUGCACUACGAGCACUUCCUCUACGAACUGCACGAUACGCCGGCCUGAGAUCCAAGCCACGAAAGGUCCAUGUUAGAGACACCAAUCUACCCAUAAUUACCGGCAAGGCUGUUCGUACUCCGAGGCUGGCCGUGGUGGACCUGAGCGCGUACAUCCGCACGCCCGCGGCCGUCUGCGGUCGGCGCCGCACUGGCACGAGUGCGGCGGGCGUCGCAGUGCGUGCGUCGCGGCCGACACGCUCUCGCGUACGGACCGUCACGAGCGACGAAUACGACACACGCGAAUCAGAUUCUUAG